UUCACUUCUAUCCCAUUCGCUUUUGUGGCGACUCUUACCAUUUUACUAUCACAAGAGAAAUUGAGUAUAUAAAAACAAAGUGGGGUUUACAAAUACACAUAGUAACUUGAAGGGAAAAAAAAAACACACAGCCAAAAAACAGAGCAAAAAACAGAGCAUAAAAACAGAGCACCACCUUCCUCCACUCUGUUUUUACAAAAUGGAUUCAAGUCCAACCUCAAUUCCACACUCUUCCACUUCAGAUUUCUCCUCAGAAUCAAGUUCCUUCGAAUUCGAUUAUCUUCCUUUCAACGAAAACGAUCCUGAAGAGAUGCUUCUCUACGGUAUGAUCAACGAUGCAAACAAUAACCUCAACAAUCAAUAUUCUUCCAGUACAAGAGUAAAGGAAGAAGAGGUAAGUUCCGAAGAGAAUGAACCGAGGAAGGAGAAGUCAUACCGAGGUGUUAGAAGAAGACCAUGGGGGAAAUUUGCAGCUGAAAUAAGGGAUUCAACUAGAAAUGGAAUGAGAGUAUGGCUAGGAACAUUUGAUAGUGCUGAAGAAGCUGCUUUAGCUUAUGAUCAAGCUGCUUUUUCCAUGAGAGGUUCUUCUGCAAUACUCAAUUUUCCUGUUGAGAUUGUUAGAGAAUCGCUUAGUGAAAUGAAAAUGAAUUGUGGUGAUGGUUCUGAAGAUGGGUGUUCACCUGUUGUUGCUUUAAAGAGAAAACAUUCUUUGAGAAGGAAAAUUGGUUUCAAGAAGAACAAAGAAAAAGAUCAUGGGAACAAUAAUAAUAGUGUUGUGUUUGAAGAUCUUGGUUCUGAUUAUUUGGAACAAUUGUUGAUGUCUUCUGAAAAUUUUCCUAAUCCUCAGUGAUUCAUCAAUUAAAAAAAGAAAAGAAAAAACUUCAAUCCACAAUCUAAUGCUAUGCAGCAUCAACAUUUCUAAUCGAAGGACAUAGACGUGUUUAUUGUCUGACACACGUCAAUGUUUGAUAUCAACACAACAUUGAUACAUCUGAUACAUUUAAUUAUGUUAAUUUUUUUAGAAAAUGCUACUGAUAUCCACGUGUCAAUGUUAGUGUUGUAUCUAUCGUCAUAUAUAUGUUUUUAGUACUUCAUAGAUUUAGUGUUCAUUUAAUUCUCUCUUUUUAUUUCAUCUAUUUUUCUUGAAUCCUUAGUAUGUUUAUCUGAUGUUUUUCUAUAUCUUUUGAGGUUGAUGAAAGCCUUUGUUGUAUUUGAAUGAUCAAAAUUUGAAGAUCAUUUACGUUUGUAUUAUGUUUCAUUUUGGGAGUCUAUAGGAGAAUUUUCUUCCAAAUAUUUAAUUUUUCACUUUCUAUGUAAAGUUUAUAGAUAAGGAUUAAGGAAUGCAGUGGUGACCCUUUUGUGGGGCACAGUUUUUGUCGUUA